UCGCGUGGUAGUUACAGAUUCACUAGUAUAUUGACAAAUAUACCAACUUAGGGGAUCACGGCUAGAUAUUGUACUGGUCAGGUCACGCACUAGUCACUCAUGAAUCAGAUUUUCUAGGACUCAGACUGGGUACUCCCGGAAUGACCUUGUUUUUCGGCUUAAAUACGGUUAUGGUAGAGAUGGUGGCUGGUGCUCGUGCUGGAGAUGGUGGGUGACCUUUAUGGUGUAGAAUGAUGAAUUGUACUAUGUUAUGUUGUGGUCUUGCAGGUUCUGAAGAAGGCAGUCAUUUAUGAUGACGAGUUGAUGGUGUCAGUCGCCUUGGCUCUUGGUGCUGACCCCUGCACCACUGACUGGGUAGAGGACAUCCGUGAGUCGUAUUGCUUGUUGAGCAUAGCGACCAUUAAUGGCAACGCCUACCUGGUACCACUACUUGUAGCGGCGGGGGCCCCCGUGGAUGGCUUAGAGACGACGCUACACAGACCUAUUCAUUUGUCGACAAUUAGUAGACGCCGUGAACAUGUGUUGAGGGCGCUGCUCGCUGCUGGUGCCAACGUGGAAGCCAAGAAUUUCCAAGGUUGGACUGCCCUACAUAUGGCUGCACAUCUUGGUAAUGAACCAUGUUUGGAGACUCUUCUUGAUGCCAAUGCUGACAUUAACUCUAAGGGUAGAUAUGAGGUCCAACCAUUGCACCGUGCUGCCGUAAGCAACAAUAUAGGUGUUGUGAAGCAAUUACUCAGGCGUGAACUCUGUGACCGUCAUGCCGUGGAUGACAGCCUUAGCACAGCGCUACACCAUGCAGCACUGAAUGGAUGUUUGGGAGUAACGCAACACCUCGUGGAGGCUGGCCUCGAUCCUAAUGCCAAGGACAAAUUGGGACAAACACCCUUGGAUUUUGCAAAACUGGCAGGUCAUGAACCCGUGGAGUGGUGGCUUAGAAAACUGCCAGGUCACGGACCUGCUGCUGAGAAACGAACUCCAGAAUUAAUG